AUGAUGCCGUGCAAUGAUAUAGAAAGAUAUAAAGCAUUACUUCAAAAGGAAUUGAAAGUCGAUGACAAAUAUGUAAUUAUUGAUAUUAAAUGGUUAAAACAUUGGAAACGUUUUGUUGGUAUCGAUAAAUCAGAUGAAGAACAAGUCACUGAACCAGGUCCAAUAGACUUCACAACAUUAGCCCAUCCAGCAACAGCCAACAAUUCCAAAGAAGUACAACUUCGUUUAGAUGCUGUCGAAGAAAAUGAUUAUACUUUCAUUCCAUAUGAACUUUAUAAAGAACUAGAACAGAUAUAUAACAGAAUCGGUCCUGAAAUAAUUCGUAGAAUAAUUCCACAAGGUCAAUUUAAACCUACAAUUGAAGUUUUUCUUAUACCAUUACGACUUCGUGAAUCACGAGAUGACACUUCAAAAAUAAAACAAAUCUAUCGUAGUCGUCGAACAAAGAUAGAAGAAAUAAAAAAAGAUAUUUGUAAUGAAUUUUGUAUUCAAUUAAGAUCAAACUACCGAUUAUAUUCAUCAAUGGAUGACAAUGGUCAAAAGUGGGAACUCAUCGAUGAUGAACCAGAUUCAAUUCUUGCAGAUAUUGGUUUAACAAAAAAUGCAUUUAUCAUAUAUGAAGAUCAAGCAUUAUCAUUAGAAACAUCUUCUUUAUCAAGAACAGAGUUCACUCGUGGACUUUGUGGUUUAUCAAAUUUAGGCAAUACUUGUUUCAUGAAUUCAGCUUUACAAUGUUUAUCAAAUAUUCCAGCAUUAACAGAAUAUUUUCUUAGUGAUAAAUAUAAAGAACAUAUAAAUCGUGAUAAUCCAUUAGGUAUGAAAGGUGAUAUUGCUAUGGCAUAUGGUAAAUUAAUACAUGAAAUGUGGUCAGGUAAUACAGAUUUUUGUGCACCAAAACUUUUAAAACAAAGUGUUGCAAAUUAUGCACCACAAUUUAGUGGUUUUUUACAAGAAGAUUCACAAGAAUUUAUGUCAUUUUUACUUGAUGGUUUACAUGAAGAUUUAAAUCUUAUCAAAAUAAAACCAUAUGUAGAAAAGAAAGAUGAUGAUGGAAAAACUGAUGAUACAACAUUAGCUAAUGAACAAUGGGAAUAUUAUCGAAAACGAAAUCAAUCAAGAAUUCAAGAUAUAUUUCAUGGACAAAUUAAAUCUCUUGUACAAUGUAUUACAUGUGGAACAAGUGCACGUACAUUUGAUCCAGUCUGUUUUCUAAGUUUACCAUUACCAAUUAAAGUAAAAAAACGAACAUUUAAAAUCGACUAUGUUCGUUUAAAUGGACAAAUUAAAACUUAUCAUAUUAAAUGUGAUGAAGAUGGUCGCGUAUGUAAUUUAGUUCAACAAUUUUGUGAUCGUUUUCAAGAGAAAAAGAAAAAAAUUCAUGAAAAUAAAUCUAUGGUAACUACUGAUACCGCAUCGAAAUCAGGUGAAACUAAUCAAGAUGAAGAAGAUGAUGAUGAUGAAGAAGAAGAAGAAGAAGAAGAAGAUUUUACAAAAGCAGACGAUUAUGAUGGACAUAAACCUACACCAGAUUAUAUUUUAGCUGUUGAAGUUUACAAUCAUAGAAUUCAUUUACAAUAUCGAGAUAAUUCUCCUUUAACAAAUAUACUUAGAUGUGAUAAAAUUGUUUUUUAUGAAAUAUCUUAUCCAUCAAAAAAAGAAGAUAGUGAAAAAAUUUCAAUUCCAUGUAUAUUUCGAGAUGACUAUUAUCAUUAUGAUUUUGGUUUACCUAUUUAUGUUAGUGUACCAAGACAUAAUUGUAAAGGAAAAGAUAUUCAAGAAGCAUUACAGAAAACAAUCAGUAAUUUUCUUCCAUUACUUUCAAUGGAUUCAUCAGAUAAACCACUUUAUACCGCUUUAUUGACUGUCAACCAAAGUUAUAAUUCAACAACUCUAUCAUUAGAAUCACUUCUUGAUGAUUAUAUUGAUUUUACUCAUAUAAGUAGAACAAUUAUUGUUGAUGUUACAUUAUCAAUUGUUAAAAAAUAUAAAAAACAAGAAGAAGAAAAACGUUUAGAAAAAGAUGUCAUUUCACCAAUGACUUCUGGUGUUCAAACACGUAAUAAUCAACAAAAACGACCAAAAUCAUUAUUAGAUUGUUUUAAAUAUUUUACAAAAAAAGAAAUAUUAUCUGAUGAUGAUCUAUGGAAAUGUCCAAAAUGUAAUGAAUUAAAAAAAGCUACAAAAAAAAUUGAUAUAUGGCUUUUACCAAAAGUUUUAAUUGUACAAUUAAAAAGAUUUAAUUAUACACGUUAUUUUCGUGAUAAAAUUAAUUUAUUUCUUGAUUGUCCAAUAUAUGAUUUAGAUUUAUCACAAUUCGUUUUAAAUCCAGAUGAAAAAUUAAAAGCAAAAUAUGAUUUAAUUGCUGUUAGUAAUCAUACAGGUUAUUUAGGUGGUGGACAUUAUGCAGCACAUGCAAAAAAUUGUAUUGAUAAAAAAUGGCAUACAUUUAAUGAUUCAUAUGUAUCAGAAGUCAAUGAAGAUAGUGUUAUUACUGAAGCAGCUUAUGUUCUUAUUUAUCAACAACAAGAACAAUCAUUAUCAGAAAAUGAAUGUGCAAAAUAA